AAUGGAAGAAAAGGGGGUGAGGGGGCUUAAGCCUAAAAAUUUACUUUGUAGCGUAUCCCUCCAGUUGACGUUCUAUAGAUUAAUGAAUAAAAAAAAUCGUUUCGGUUGGGACUAAACUAUAUUUAGGAUGAAUUUCAAAUCAAAAUAAUGGUGCAAAUUUUGGUAACAAUAAACAACCUCUUUUAGUUAUUGGAUAUCAAACAUUGUAUGGAAAAGUAACUGAACAGAAACCUCCACUGGCUGUUUUGAAAAGACAGAGAUCACCCAGUGUGGAUUUGCCUACUUCAAGCAAUACAGAUCAAAAUAUCAAUUCCAAAUAUGAAGUAUUAGCCUUAGUGGAUAAAAAAAUAGUUUUUAGAGCUAGACCAAAACCAAUUGUUUGAAACUAGCUAGGAACUAACCAUGUUUAGUGACGAUUAUGAUUAUUUUCCAGAGCAUCAAAGAAAUAUGCACUUUGAAAAACCCAUGCAUGGGCCUCCAGGACCUCGAGGUGGUCCUCAUGGCCCAGGUGGACCUCAUGGUCCUCCAAUGAGAGGACCACCAUCAAUGAGAGGGCGAAGAAUGAUGCCAGAUAACGGCCCACCACCAAAUUUCAGAGGUCAUGACCCUGAUUUUGACAAUGAUUUUCCUCCACCGCAACCUAGAGGUAUGUCUAUGAAUAUGCGUGGCCCACCUGGAAACAUGUCUAGAGGUCCUCCUCCUGGUGCACAUUUUGGUGGUGGUUCACCACAACACAUGGGUGGGAAUCAAUUUGGUUCUCGCCAGCCUCAACCAGGAAUGCCACCAGGAAAAGGUCACUUUCAAAGACCCCCUAUGGUUCCACCUUUUGGUAUGCCUCCUCCUUCUUUCUCAGGUCCAGGUGGGGGACCUGGAGGUGGGCCACCAGGCAGCGGCCCUCCUGGAGGCCAAGGUGGUGGAAAUCCUCCAAAUCGAAAUCCAAUUAAUAGCAAUCAUUCUCCUCCUAACAAUAGUUCAUCAAAUGCUAAUAUCGCAAAUCUUGACUUGAGUGGUGAAUUAUGGGUUGAAACUAAAACAAGUUCAGGUAAAUUGUAUUAUUAUAAUGCGAGAACUAGAGAAUCUGCAUGGACGAAACCUGAAAAUGUAAAAAUUUUACAUCAAGACCAAAUUGAAGCUUUGGCUGCAGCAACAGGAAAUUCUUCAGAUUUGGAUUCUGCCUCAAAAAAUGAAAGUUUGAAAAAUAAUGUUCCAGUAAACCCAGUUGUUAGUGCUCCAAAUCAGUUUCAGUUUGUACCUAUGCCAAUGCCUGGGAUGGCACCUAUGCCUGGUCCUGGAAUGGGAAUGAUGCCUCCUCCAGGUUUUGGACUUGGGCCACCACCUCCAUUUGCAAUGCCGCCACCCGGUAUGGUUCCUGCUCCAGGCUAUCCGCCUUUUGGCAUGCCUCCUCCUGCAUUUCCUGCUGUAGCCAUGAGUGGGCCCCCUAUUACAAAUGCAGCUACUCCAGAGAGUAGUGUGCUUUCUAAUACAGCAACUGAAAUCAAAGCUGAGGCUACAGGGGAAAAUAGUGUUGUCGUUUCCGACAAUGCAGAUGAAGAAUGGGCAGAAUACAAAGCUGCUGAUGGAAGAUCUUAUUAUUAUAAUAAAAUAACUGCUGAAAGUACUUGGGAAAAACCACAAGCUUUAAUGAAAGGUGAAGGCGCCGAAAAUAAAUCUGACGGUGAUGCAACUGACACAACUACCGAAAAUCCUGCUACCGAAACAAGUGGCAUGGAAGUUGAUGAGUCAGCAGAAGCUAGAGCUGAAAAUGAAGAAACGAAUGAAGAACUAAAUAAUCAGAUGGAUGUUCAGGAAAAUGGAGCUGUUAACGACAUAGAUAAAGCAAUUGCCAAUGAUUCAAUAGGUAUUAAAGAAGAGAAAGCUGCAGAAGAACAACUCGAACAACCCAAGCCUGUUGAUAAGUCUCGACCUGUUUCUUGCACGCCUAUAACUGGUACACCAUGGUGUGUAAUUUGGACCGGCGACAAUAGAGUAUUCUUUUUUAAUCCCAGUACAAGGACAUCUGUUUGGGAAAAGCCUGAAGAAUUGAAGGGGCGAUCUGAUGUAAACAAAUUAAUUCAGAGUCCACCACCUCAAAAAAAUGAAAUGGGGAAAGAAACUGAAACUAGUGAGCCUGAUCCCAUGCCUGAAGCUAAGAAGAUUAAACUUGAAGAAACUACCGAAGAUAAUAGUACAAAGCCUAAGCAGAAUGAUCUAAUACUAAGCAAAAAUAGCAUUACACCAGGAAAAGAAUCUGCCGUUGAAGCCGAGCUUCGCGCUGCUAAAGAAAGAGAUCGUUUGACCCUGGAUGAGAGGAUGAAGCAAUUCAGAGAUUUACUUGUUGAAAAAGAUGUGUCUGCCUUUUCUACCUGGGAGAAAGAAUUACAUAAAAUUGUCUUUGAUUCACGCUACCUUUUACUAUUAUCAAAGGAGAGGAAACAAGUGUUUGAAAAAUAUGUGAAGGAAAGAGCUGAGGAAGAAAGGAAUGAAAAAAGGAAAAAAAUGCGAGAACGAAAAGAUGAUUUUAGAAAACUUCUUGAUGAAGCAAAUUUGUCUAGUAAAUCAACCUUUAGCGAUUUUGCUCAAAGAUUUGGCAAAGACGAUAGAUUUAAAUUGAUUGAAAAAAUGAGGGAAAGAGAAAGUAUAUUUAAUGAUUAUAUACAAGACAUAAGAAGGAAAGAAAGAGAUGAAAGGUCCAGCCAAAGAGAAAGAACUAGAAAAGAUUUCAUAGAGUUGUUGAAAGAGCAAAAAGGACUGGACCGACAUAGUCGAUGGAGUGACGUUAAAAAAGGAUUGUCCGACGACUCUCGUUACAAAGCGGUGGACAGUAGCUCUUUACGUGAAGAAUGGUUUAAGGAAUAUACUAGUAAACUAUCUAGAGAUACAGAAGAUGAUACGUCCAAAGAAAGAGAAAAACAAGAACGAGUCGAAGCUAGUAUUCGUGAACGGGAAAAAGAAGUUCAGCGAACAUUGUCUACUCAUUUGAGAGAACGAGACAAGGAACGAGAGUUGCAUAAGCACGAUGAAGCUGUUCAACAUUUUAAAGCUUUGUUAACAGACCUAGUACGUUCACCAGACGUGUCUUGGCACGAAGUUAAAAAGACAUUAAGAAAAGACCACAGAUGGGAGAAUGUUGGCUGCCUGGAACGUGAUGAACGGGAGAAGGUUUUUGACGAGCACAUUAGUUUCCUUUACCGCAAGAAGAAGGAAAAAUUCCGUGAACUUUUGGAUGAAACCCCAGACAUCACACUAACUUCUUCUUGGAAAGAGGUUAAAAAAUUGAUUAAAGAUGAUCCUAGGUGUUCCAAAUUUUCAUCUAGUGAUAGAAAGUGUGAGAAGGAAUUCAAAGAAUAUUUAAGAGACAAAAUGGUGGCUGCUAAAGCUGAUUUUAGGGAACUUCUUAAAGAGACUAAAAUAAUCACUUAUAAAUCAAAGAAACUAAUUGAAGAAAGUGACCAUUUGCAUGAUAUUGAGAAAGUGUUACAAAAUGAUAAAAGAUAUUUAGUUUUACAAUGUAUAGAAGACGAGCGGAAGGAGCUAUUAAUGGCCUAUAUUGAUACAUUGGACAGAAAAGGACCACCACCUCCACCUACAGCAUCAGAGCCAUCGAGACGUUCCACUAAGUAAAUAAUUCUCCAUCAGUUCAUUUUUUCCAGCCUAAUCUGGUUUUAUUGUGAAUUAAUCGCAAACCACAUAAGAUUUAAAGAAUACAUGUUUUUUAGAGAACAAAAUGGAUUUGAAUUCAUUUCCAGACAGAUUUUGUAAAUAGAAAUGCAGCGCUUGUUUGUGUUGAACUGUUUUAGCUCUGGGUAACUUUUUGGCAAUCAAAAGUUCUGUCUUUAAAAAAAGAAAUGUUUUUUUUUUGUAUCACAUGAUUAGAAAUAAUUUUUUAUAAGUUUUUUACUUGUUUAUUAGGAAUGACGUACAGAAUUGUUAUUGAAGGAGUUUUAUUUGCCAAUUCUUGUUAUAAAAGUAAUUGAUACCUUUGACUUUAAAUUACAUGAACAUGCAUUUUUCAUAAAUAUCUGUUGCAUUGUAAAAGCCAGGUAAUGUUUGUGAACAUUUUUCAUAAUGUAAUAGUUACAUUGCUGCUCAUAAAAUAUUUUUUGUAUUCAUUGGGUGUUUAAAUUAUUUUUUUCUUUUCUGUGACCUUUUAAUCUGAUAAAAAUCUGAUAAUUAAUCUGAUUGUACUGAUAAAAAAACAUACAUUUUGCUAACUUUUUCAUAAGAUAAUUAAGCUUUUAAAAUAUAUAAAGUUUAUUUCAUUUCAGUUAGUUCAUAUUAAAAAAUUGAAAUUGCAAAUUUGUAUUUUUUUUUAACUGAAGUUUUGUAUUUAAAUCAAAAUUGAGAGCCUGAUAUUUCACAUAAAUUUUAAAAUUUUCGGUUAAUUGCUUUUUACAUUUUCAUGGUACAUAUUAGAUUACUUAUUUACAGUUCAUACUUUUUUCUCAAGAAAAUCUUACUUUGAAGUUGAAUUUCUAAAACUAUAUUCCUUUAUUUAUUUUAAAAUGCUCUUCACUAUAAGUCAAAAAUUCUUAGUGAAAAUUUUUCAUUUUUUAAUGCUUAAUUACAAAUCUGACCAAUGUCAAAAUAUUAUGACAAAAAAUUGAUUUUUAAAAAUAUUAAAUCUUUUAUUUAAUAUCACUUAUUUUUGGUAUUGUAUUUCAUUAUAAAUUAUAUGGGAAAAAAAGUAUAUGCAUUAUUUCAUUAUAAUUGUCCAAUUAAUUUUAUCAAAACCAUUGUACUAAGCUGUUUUUGUUUCUAUAAAUAUUGAAUUAAAUUCUAUUAAAUGCUGUCUUAGGCUAAUUAUAACAUAGGCCUAAAAUUUUGGAAUUUUAAAUUCCUGAAAUUUUAAAACUGAUUUUGACUGAGCUGAUUUUAAAUAAGCAAAAAAACUUCUUAUCAGCUUUACUUUUAGAGAUGUAGCAACAAAUAACUCUGUUUUUAUUUUCUUUAAAAAAAUAAAUUGUAAAUAAAAUAAAGUCUUUUGGCAAUUAACUUCAAUUGUAUUUGGUAUGCUCAUUUCACAUAUUGAAAUUAUAUAUUUUUUUACUAUUCUAAUGUAAUUUUUUGAGUUUUAGUAUCUACGUAUGCUAUUUUUACUAAAAAAACUGCUGAAUUUUGAAGACCGGUGACAAAUUUAAAAAAAAAUAAAUAUAAAAAAAAGUUUACUAGUUUCAAAAAAAAAUGUUUUAUUUGAAAUCAGUGUACCAAAGUCAGUUUAAAAAUUUUAGAUAACUGGCUUUAUAUUUUUUUGCAGGACUAUUAAAAUAAUAAUUUUUGCCACUUAGAUAGCGAAAAACUGUUAGCCCAUCUAAAAAAAGAGCAUUCUAGAAAGAUUCUAAAUCAUUUUAACCUUUUGUUUUUUUUCUAGUACAACAAGUGAACCAGAAUGACUGGCUUCAUUGUGAAAAAGCUUAGUUACCAAAUCGUCUGCUCUCUUUUUGUGCUGUUGCUUAUUUCCUAAAAAUGUAUGAUUCUUUAUAGAAUGUUUUUCUCUUAAAUGUCAAAAAACACUUAGCUUAAAAGCGUGUUAAGCAUCAUUUUGAAAAAGUUUUAAAUUUAAGAAUGUGUUAUAAUUGGCUUAAGUGUUGAAUUGCAAUUUUUUUUUCUUCUUCAAUUCACAACUUUUAAUAAAUUGUCAAAUGGAUUUUGUGACGAAUUUAAGGCAAAAAAGACAUACUAACGAAAAAAGUUCCAGGUUUAAAAUAACAAUAGAAGUAAUGGUUACUUUGAAUAAUUGAAAAAUAAAACAUUAAUUUAUUUAUUAAAAGGCUAUUUUCAGAGGGAAAAAUAUAUUUUAUCAACAGCUUUCUGAUGUUUCCAUACAAUUUUAAGCUAAUUUCCUAAAAUUCAUGCAUUGUUUUUUUAAUAGGUUAUUCAAUAUCCAAGUGAAAUAAAUGUGUUGAAAGAGAUUUAAAAAAAUAUUCAUUGUUUGGUUCUAAACAUGCUAUGACAAUUUGGAUCAGUGAUUUUACCAAGCCUAUGUCAGACAGUGAAGCUUUCAUAAUCAUUUCCCUGGUGUCUCUAUACAUUCUAAAGCUGAUUUCAUUACAUUCAUUUAAGUGAAGUCAGCUUUAGAUUUCUCUUAACAUGCUGUCCUAUUGUAAUAAAUAAAAUUAAUAAUUUCACUUUACUAUUUUAUUAUGUUUAAGCAAAUAUAUAAUUAUUAAUGAGUUCAAGCUUUUGUAAUCAUUUUUCUGUCAUAUCUGUACAUUCUAAAGCUUUUUUUUUAAAUCACUAAAAUGUUACUUCUUUAAGUUCUGAAAAUAUCUUCAAUCAGUUUGCUGUUUCUUUGCAUUUUAAAGCUGAUUUUUAAAUUCACUAAUAUCUAACUUUAUAUGUUACCUUAUUAAGUUUUACAAAAAUUUGGUUUAGGUUUUUGUAAAAAAAGUUAUCUUAGCCAAGUAAUUUAAUUUGACCCACAUAAAUUAGAAUUUCCAUUCGUUUUUAAAAUCUGAUUUGGUAUCACAAUACUAAUUUUUACUUUAAUUGGACAUAUAACUAAAUAUUUUUUCAUAAGAUUUUUUUAAACAAAAUUAUUUUACUGAAAAAAGUCUGUUUUUUUUAGAAGGUACAUAUUCUUCUACUGUAUGAAUUUUGUUUUACUAUAAUUUCCAUUCUAAAUGAUUUUCUAAGAAAAUAUAAUUCAAAGAAAUCCAAAAUAUGCCAGAAAGCUUGCUUAUUGUAAUUUUUUCCGUUUCUGAUUUGCCUGUAUAACUCAUUUACCUUAUCAACUGGAAAUAAAUUCUGAUACUGAAAUACUUGUGAAGUUUAAUAAAUGCCAUUUUAAUAAAAUUUGCUUUAAUUGCAUCA